GUUUCAUCCAACUCGGCACUCGUCCAUUUUGUAGAAAGCGCGAUACCGGAGUUUACGCUCGUAAACAUCAGUACGGAAAAAUCGGCAUUUCCUGCUAAAUAUUUUGAUUGCUGCACUGGAUUGGAUCUGGAUGAUCGUUGGAAUCAAAUAGCUUCCAAUUUCGAGCUCAACCAGGCUGCGCAAGCUGCUAUCUCAUAGCAAACCUGCCCAAGAUGAACAACAAGGUCGCGCAAAUCGUUGGCCCUUACCUGAGGGUCGACAGCCGCAGUCCCGGCGUCUCUAGGCCUAAAAAAGGUAGCCCUUCUUGUAGGAAGAGCUUACCCCAGCCGAUGGUGAGGCAGAGAAGAAAGACUGAAUCUGAUUCUUACUCCUCAUCCCCAUCGCAAUCGUCUGUGUCUCCGCCUCCAACUAAGUUCUUCGGAAACCGGGGCGGAUCGCCCGUCGGAGUCGGCAUUCCUUACGCGGGGGCUAAGUUCUCAGAACCGCCUUCGCCGGCACAGUUGCCUACUCCACCCACCCACUGGAUGUCGACGGCCAGCAAGACGUCUCAGUGCCAUCCUAUGCGCAGAGAAGACAAGUACACUGAAAUCACCAACCAGUUGAAGUUGAUGCUGAACAUAACCGCAUAACUGCCCUGGAUUGUUUACCUAAGUGGACUAAACAACUUAGUUCUAAGGUUUAUGACGAACCCCGCAAGAUUAUUAGUUCUCAAUCAUUCGUUUUCUAAGGAUUUGAGCUGCUUUAAAUUUAAUUUUUGAUUGGCUAAUAUUUGUGAUUGUGCAGAUGUGUACCAUUGGGUGCUUGAUCAAACUACCACGUAAAUACAGAGUCAUUUGAAGGGGCGACACCACUGCCUAGCACUAGUGUCGUGACCGCUCGCCCUUGGAGGCUUGCACCCUUGCGUAUUUACCUGACACUCAACGUGAUUUGAUUUGAGUAUCUCCCUGGAUUCCAAAUUGUAGAUAAUACCUCGAAAGUCCCAGUGAAUAUCAAUUUCCCAUCUCCUCUUAAAGUAUAAUUGUUCAUGAAUUUGUUCCUGCCGACACGAAAUUUAGGAAAAAGCUUUAAGUAAUUUUUGUAUAUUAAAGUCUGAUUUAAUUCAAGUUUCUUGACUGUGUUAAGGUAUGCAACUGCGAGAAUAUUUGGAUAUAAACUGUGAAAGUUGAACUCGUGACUCAGAAAUUGUGGAUUAAUGGAAGGCGAAUUCAUUCCGUGAGAACUUUGCCAGGGUUUGCCGCCAUUGUAAUAACGGUUGCACACCUUAAGAUUCUCUUACGGCGAGACCAAACUUACAAUAGUAUUAUAAGAUAAUGUUGUUGAUGUGUUAAACUGAGAUACUCGGCUCUGCUGUGAUAAGAGUGGAGCUAAAAUAUCUUUAAACACAAUCAAAGAAAACCAUGUAUUUUUUUCUGCACAAAAAUGAAAAAGAGUAAUCAUAUUGUAAAGUCAAAUAUAAAAAAAGAGUCAUUUAAUACUAUUAAUUGACGGAUCGAGACGACCCAAAUAUUUGUGGGACGUUCUCUCUCUUUAAAUGGUUAAUUUUUUGAUUUACAAGUGAUAAAACUAUUCGUUGAUCUUGAACCGAUGUGAUUAUUUGGUCAGCUUGGUACUGGUGCAUUAAUUCUUUCCUCAGAGUACAAAUAUUAUGAGUCAAACUGAAUGAAUACGACGUUACUUGAAUUAAUAGACCAAGUAUCCAGGCGGCUAUCAAUCAAUGUCUUUAUCAAAGAGUUUCGGCAUAUAUUGAUUUGAAAAUUGUAUUGUUAAAAAAAAUGUUCAAUGUUUAGGCACCAAUUUUUUUAUGCGCAAAAUUGUGUAAGAAAUUUCCAUGUCAUGUAAAAAAUGCAAAACCAACAUCUAAGGGUCCUUAAUUGGACCCGCAAAUGAUUCAAGUAAGAGCUACCACUGCAAUACGCAAGCCGCAUUGCGCGACUUGUCGCAAACCGGGUACCUAGUACCCAAAACAAAAGCAAUAAAUCUGACUUUUUCAAGUCAAACCUGACUUUUUCAAGUCAAAAUAUACGAUGAAGACUGGACGAUGCCCCUAAACCGAAGACUGGACGGUGCCCCCCUGAACCGAGGUCUGGAUGAUGCCCCUGAAUCGAAGACUGGAUGAUGCUCCCCUGAACUGAGGUCUGGAUGAUGCCCCUAAACUGAAGACCGGAUGGUGCCCCCCUGAACUGGACUACUAGAGACGUGGCAAGAGCAAGAUUCUUAUGAAGUUCCAUUACGACGAUUCUCUCGAGUGGCGUGAAAGCAGUCAAACAAUAUGUAAUGGCUUUGUGAUAACCAUAAAGGGCAUCUUCAUGAAAAUGUAAAGCGAAAUAAAUUUCAAUAUUUUUCUUACU